GGGGGAGGCAAAUUUUCCUGGUGUGAGAGAUGUGUUGUGUGCGUGUCUAGGGUGAGUGCAGAGCAGAGAUUGAUCGGAGCACCGAGACGAGCAACGACAGGAUACUGCCAACACCAGCCCAACGCCAAAUCUUGUUUAAAAACAAACUAUCGCCCACGCAGGUGACCAGACAAGGACUGUUGCUGAUUGGACUUUUCCCACUACUUUUGUUUCGUCCACUGCUAGAUUUACUCUGAUAGUGGACUCGUACGCUUCCUGCACCCGCUCCGUUUUUAAUGCAAUUGCGCGUCCGAGGCGUCGGGAGCGCAGUGGGAAGGAGGAGAGCAGAGGCCCGAUUUCCCGGCAUCGCGGCGAGUCCACCUCUGUUUCUCCCGUGGAGUAUUUGAGUCCCUCACCACCGCGACCUGGAUGGAUGGGUAUGGGGAAAGCAGGAUUUUACUACCCAGGGGCUGACCGCCUCCUUCACCCACCUCCACUGCUGUCUCUCCUGGUACUGAUCACUUUCUCAUCCAGGGUCCAAAUAGGGGAGUGCCAAGUACAGACCCCGCAGUGCCGGAUCCAGAAGUGCACCACGGACUUCGUGUCCCUCACCUCCCACCUGAACCCCUCGCUGGAUGGCUUCGACACGGAGUUCUGCAAGGCGCUGCGGGCCUACUCGGCCUGCACGCAGCGCACGGCCAAGAGCUGCCGCGGCAACCUGGUGUUCCACUCGGCCAUGCUGGGCAUCAGCGACCUCAUGAGCCAGCGCAACUGCUCCAAGGACGGGCCCACGUCCUCCACCCACCCUGAGGCCACCGUGGAGCCCUGCAACUACCACAGCCGUCGUCACGGCCCGCGGGCCGCCGACCACCCGCGCCCCACCUACCUCUUCUGCGGCCUGUUUGGGGACCCCCACCUUAGGACUUUCAAAGACCACUUUCAGACCUGCAAGGUCGAGGGGGCGUGGCCCCUCAUCGACAACAACUACCUGUCGGUGCAGGUCACCAACGUGCCUGUGGUCGCUGGCUCCAGCGCCACGGCGACUAACAAGAUCACCAUAAUCUUCAAACCGUAUCAAGACUGCACCGACCAGAAGGUGUACCAGGCGGUGACGGAUGACCUGCCGGCAGCCUUCGUGGACGGCACGGUGAGCGGCGGCGACAGCGACGCCCGCAGCCUGUGGAUCGUGGAGAAGGCGCCCGGGCGGCACGUGGAGAUCCACGCCGGCUACAUCGGCGUCACCGUCAUCGUGCGGCAGCUGGGCCGCUACCUGACGCUGGCUGUUCGCAUGCCCGAGGAGCUGGCCGCGGCCUACGACGAGACACAGGACCUGCAGCUGUGCAUGAACGGCUGCCCCACGGCGGAGCGCAUCGAUCGGGACGGCCAUCUCCCGCUGCCCGUGCUGGGCCUGCAGCAGCCUGGGCUCCAGCACCAGCAGCAGCAGCAGCAACAGCAGCAGCAGCACCCCCGGCCCAGCCCGGGUCACGUGACCGCCCGCGGCGGCUUCACCCCGGAGACCGCCAUGGCUAAGUGCCGAGAGCAGCUGGAGGUGAAGGACAUCUACUUCCACUCCUGUGUGUUCGACCUACUCACCACCGGGGACGUCAACUUCACCUCCGCCGCCUACAACGCCCUGAAAGACAUGGAGACGCUCCACCCCAAGAGGGAGCGCUGGCACAUUUUCCCCAGGGCGAAUUCUGGGCCCAUCCCAGCACCCCUCCCCUCUCAUCUCCUCCUGCUCCUCUUUCUUGUGGCCAUACUUUUGUAGGAAUUUUGUCUACGAACAUUUUGAGAAGAUUAAAUAUAUAUUGUCAUAAUAUAUUGAAGAAGAAACAAAAACAAAAA